GAUCUGCUCUGUGAAGUACUUAACCCUCUUGACAUGCUUUGUUUUGGUCUGGGAAUGAAAGCAGACCCUGCCUGGACUUUAGAGUUCUGGUGGAGAAGCUCAAGUGCUAUUGACUGUGUAGGCUAAUAUAUCAUGUGCAUACACUUCACAGAAUUAUGGUAUCAUUUUGAAUUCCUCUCUGCCCUGUGCACGUUGUUUGUGGAAAGGUGUUUUGGAAGCGCGCCAGUGAGGCAGCGUGACAAAGAAAGAAUGGUAAAGAGUGAGGCAGACUGCUGUCAUUUGACAGUCAACCACUGAAAAAGACUCAUGUGUUGGCGGGCCAGCACUCAGGCUCUUUGUUGAAUCUCACAGCAGGAUGAAAAAUACCCUAGGAAGUCUUUUUUAAGUGCUUCAAUUCCAAAUGGAGGCCUUAGAGAGAGUAAAAUUGAAGCCUAUUACUGUGGUAAUUUUUUGAUGUGCCAGUCAGCUGUUAUGGUUCUCUGGUUGUGAUUUAUGACUGAUAGCAGAGGAGAGGAGAGCCUCACACACAUGGGCCAACCACACAAUCAGCAGGUCAGGGCAUUGCAGCAGGGCCUCAGCUGCUUUCACUUCACUCUCCCAUGUUAGAGUUUGCUUGUCACUUUGGCCAAGCAAAACUUGGUUGCUGGUGCAGGAGUCAAAUUUCCCCCAGGACCUCCUAGCAGAAGGGUACUGUGUGCCGGACUGGAUACAGCUCUCUAGCUAAAAGCCUACCAAAUAGUUUUAACUUUUCCUGUGAUGUGCUUGAAAAGGAUGGAGUGAGCCCCUUACCAGAACAGCUGGUAAAGCUGCCAACUGUGAUCUAAACUAGGGGUUAGUGAGGCCUUUGUUGCUAGUACUUGCUGCUCCACUGGGGUAGAUACAGAUCUCCAUACAGCUCUGGACAGAACUCCUCGGCCCUGGCUGAAUAUACCUGGAUCUGUGGAUGUUUGCCUGGUAUGUUUUACAACACGACUGCUGGACCAUUGUUGUCCAUGAGAAAUCAGUCUUGUGAUCAAGAGGUUGCUGCUUAGGGUGCCAGCUUGGGUGCCGGCUCAAUGUGCCUGAUUUGCUGUGUAGGUGCUGUGGAGCUAUGGGUUUAUUUACCGGCAGUUUUAUGAUGUGGAUACCAACCUGAACUAGCAGAAUGAGUAAAAACAACCCCAAGACCAAACAGAUGUCCAUUGGGCGGAAGAAAUUCAACAUGGACCCCAAGAAAGGCAUAGAGUACUUGGUUGAACAUGGCCUGUUGAACCACACACCAGAAGAUGUGGCAGAGUUCCUGUCCAAAGGGGAGGGGCUAAACAAAACAGCCAUUGGGGACUACCUAGGGGAACGGAAUGACUUCAAUAUCGAUGUGCUGAAGGCAUUUGUCAACAUCCAUGAGUUUAAGGACAUGAUCUUAGUGCAGGCUCUGCGACAGUUCCUGUGGAGUUUCCGACUGCCCGGUGAAGCACAGAAGAUUGACAGAAUGAUGGAGUGUUUCGCUCAGCGGUACUGUGAGAUGAACCCUGAUGUCUUCACGACCACAGACACCUGCUAUGUGCUGUCCUUCGCUAUCAUCAUGUUGAACACAAGCCUUCACAACCCCAGUGUGAAGGACAAGCCCACAGUGGAGAGGUUUAUACAGAUGAAUCGGGGGAUAAAUGACGGAGAGGACCUACCAGCUGAUCUACUUGUUAGUCUGUAUGACAGCAUUAAGAAGGAACCAUUCAAGAUCCCAGAAGAUGAUGGCAAUGAUUUGAUGCACACAUUCUUUAACCCUGACAAGGAGGGCUGGCUAUGGAAACAAGGUGGCCGUUACAAGGGCUGGAAGAGGAGGUGGUUUAUUCUCAAUGACAACUGCUUAUAUUACUUCCAGUACACAACAGAUAAAGAGCCAAAAGGAAUCAUUCCAUUGGAAAACAUAAUGGUGCGAGAAACCCACGACAGACAUAAACCUAAUUGUUUUGAGCUGUACUCUGGCAGCAAUGAGAUAAUCAAAGCGUGUAAAGUUGACGGUGAAGGCAAAGUUGUUGAAGGACGACAUGCUGUGUAUAAAAUGUCAGCAUCAACACCAGAAGAAAAGGAGGAGUGGAUGAGGUGUAUCAAAGCAAGUAUAAGUGAACAUCCCUUCUAUGACAUGUUGGCUGCUCGGCGGAAAAAGGCAUCCAACACCAAGUAGUCAGUGGGAAAUUUGUAUGGUAUAUGUGGGGCCACACAGUGCCUUUGCAGUGCUGAUCAGACCAGAUAAGCCGUCACAGAGAAGCGUGCCAAAGAUAGGAUAUCCAAAGGGACGAUUUUAACCCAUUGUUCUUGCUGUGAUGGUACAGUGAAUUGUUUGAUGUGUCUUUGGAAGCAGGACAAGCACAUGCUAAACACUUCUGGUUACAAACCUGGGGUUUGUCAUCUGAGCAGCCAGAACUGCUACUGGUGGACAGCGUGUACAGUGAACUGUGUGAAGUCUUGACAAGCAGGCGCUGAACAGUUCCGGUUACAAACCUGGGGUUUAUCAUGAGCAGCCAGAACUGCUACUGGUGGACAGCAUGUACUGUGAACUGUGUGAAAUCUUGACAAGCAGGUGCUAAACAUUUCUGGAAACAAACAUGAGGUUUACCUAUUUUAGGAGCUAGAACUUCUACUGAUGGACAGUGAACUGCGUGAAGUCUUGACAAGCAGGCGCUGAACAGUUCUGGUUACAAACUUGGGGUUUAUUAUGUGAGCAGCCAGAACUGCUACUGGUGGACAGCAGUGGACCAUGCUAGGACUCUGAGCAUGUCCUGCUUUAGUCAGUGGGAUUGAACCACACCCACCUAAAGCUGACCAACUUUCCUAUACAUGUUUUUAUUCCAUGGAGCUGUAUUCUGUGGAGAAUGCCUAACAGACAACUUGAUGUUUCAGACUAGGGAAACUAAGGAGUCAGGACCUAUUGGGUCAUAUGGAAAGUAAUAAAUACAUGCACAUUUAUUGCAUCUCCUUUAUCACUUCAGAAUUAAUAUAUAGUAUUACAUAUGUGUCACAAAGUUUUUAAAUAAGUAUGUGGAGAUGAGAUGGUCUGGGUCAGUAAAUCCAUGUAACCCUAUAUACCAUGUAUGGGCGUUUAUAGUACCAUUUAUUUUGUAUUGUUUAUGUUUUUAAAAGCUCCCUGUUUUCUGAUGUCUGUACUUAUGUGAUGUAUACUCCUCCCUCACCCCCAGUAGCUAUAUACAGAUCAUGGCAGAUAUGUGAUUUGGUAUGGAGGAAGGAAUGCUGUAUAAGUUCACACCAUUUGAUAACAUUUCCAAAAUCUUUUAGUGGGAUAAAGACAUAGCAUAUGUAACCAACAUUUGAUUGGACAGCAGUCAGAAGGUACUGCCUAGCAAAAUUCAAAGCCUCAGUUGCCAUAUUGCCUUGCAUUGUGGCAUUUCGCUCUUCCAUCUCAGAUUACAGUUCUGACUUAAAUUGACUUUGUACUAGUGAGAGAUUCAAUUUUAUUUAUUAUUUAUGUGGCGAUUUUAUAUUUUCAUUGCCACCAAUAUGUGUAUACCUCAGAUCUCCAAAAGUCUACAGGGCAUCAAAGUAAAACUGUUAACGUAAGUUGAAUUAGUUAAGAAGGGGCCCAUUCACGGAGCCAGGUACAUGGGUAUGGGAUACAUCAGUUGUUGAUUGAUCAGCACAAUGGAUCCUAUGGUUUGUUGGUAUCAAAAUAAAUGUCUAUAUAAUUCGGUUAGUGCAACCAACAUCUGCCAUUGGUAGCAUCAUUGAAUGUGCCAGAAGGUGUCUAUACUGUGUUGAUCACCUAUUACACCUAGACUUUCCCAGACACCUAAGACAUCCUGAUAGUGUGGGAAAGUGCCACAAGGUAUCAGUGCUCAUGGAUCAGCACCUAUCAUACUGUGACUUUCUCAGACACGUUGGAGACCCUGAUGGUGUAAAUGAGCCACAGUGCUGAGUUGAUCAGCACCCAGCACACCUAGACUUUUCCCAGACACCUUGGAUGGUGUGUGAAGGUGCAGAUUUGAUCACACACAGUUAGUUACCCAGAUACUGUGGUCACCCUGAUGUGUGUAAAUGUGCCACAAGGUGUCAGUGCUGAGUUGAUCAGCACCCAUCACACCUAGGCUUUUCCCAGACACCUUGGAUGGUGUGUGAAGGUGCAGAUUUGAUCACACAGAGUUAGUUACCCAGAUACUGUGGUCACCCUGAUGUGUGUAAAUGUGCCACAAGGUGUCAGUGCUGAGUUGAUCAGCACCCAUCACACCUAGGCUUUUCCCAGACACCUUGGAUGGUGUGUGAAGGUGCAGAGUUGAUAACACAGUUAAUUACCCAGAUGCUAUGGACACCUUGAUAGCAUGUGAAUGUGCCACGAGGUGUCAGUGCUGUGUUGAUCAGCACCCAGCACACCUAGGCUUUUCCCAGACACCUUG